UAAUUUCCCGGUUUCUGAAAACCUAUUUUGCGCAGCAAGAAGAGCGAAUGGAAAAAACCCGGAGUCCUCCUAAAACCCCAAAAUCACUAGCAUGGUGGGCCCCAUACUCCUCCGCCGACUCCUCCUCUCCCGUCCACCACCGUCCUCCGCCGAGUUCGGCAGCGCCAGAAUAUGCUUCUCAGCCUUCUACAACUGCCGAUCUUACGCCGCCACCUCUGAAACAAUUGACGAAGAGAAAGAAAAGGGCGGUCAAAAAUGGUUCACUUUACCUUCGUUCACUGCCACUGUAAACGGCGCCGCUGUGGGUAAAGAGCUCUCUCGCAAUCGUUCAAACGGCGGCAGAGGUACAAUCACAAAUACUGCCUCUGCCGCCGCCGACACCACCACCACGACGGCGCUUAAAUGGGUUACUCGGUGCUGCCCGGAGCUUCCUAGAAGCCUCGUUCAGAAGCUCUUUCGCCUUAGACAGGUUCGAAGAGAAUCAUGUUCUGGUCAAGCUGUUGAAGCACAUGAGCGCCCACUUAAAAGGGUGGCGGCUAAAGAUUCCAUGAACAUAGGAGAUCGAAUACAUCUUCCUUUUAGUGUGCAAGAGUUCCCUGCUGACAAACACAAGUCGUCCAAUUAUAAACAAGAAUGUCAUUGUAGUGAAGAAGAAAUCAACUUUAUCCGGAGCCUGGAGUUGUAUAAGGUUCUUAACGAUCCAGCCAUCAUUGUCAUCAAUAAACCCCCUGGAAUGCCUGUUCAGGGUGGGAUUGGAAUCAAACGAAGUCUAGAUAAACUGGCUACCGCUUGUUUGAGUUAUGACUUGUCAGAACCCCCUCGGCUGGUACAUAGACUUGACCGAGAUAGUAGUGGUCUCCUGGUGAUGGGAAGGACACAAACAAUUGCGGCUGUUCUGCAUUCCAUCUUCCGUGAGAAAACUGUUGGAGCAUCAAAUGAUGUAACUGACGAUGCAAAAAGAAUUCUGCAAAGAAGGUAUUGGGCACUUGUCAUUGGAUCUCCCAGGCAACGUAAAGGAUUAAUCUCAGCACCUCUGGUAAAGGUGGUGGUGGACAAUGGUAAAUCGGAGAGAAUCACGGCUGCAAACGAUUCACAAACUUUGUCAUCUCAGCAUGCCAUUACAAAGUACAAAGUGAUUGGAUCAUCAUGUCCUGGUUUCACAUGGCUAGAGCUAACCCCUCUUACCGGCCGAAAGCAUCAGCUGCGUGUACACUGUGCAGAGGUUUUGAGAACACCGAUAGUUGGAGACUACAAAUACGGGUGGCAAACUCAUAGGAACUGGAAACCUUUAUCUUCGUCUAAUACUGAAUCUCAUUGGAAUGAGGAGCUUCGCUCAAGAAGAAACCUCCCCUUUGAUCUGAAUAUGGACAGUGGAAGUAUCUCCGAAAAGACACCCCGCUUGCAUCUUCAUUGUAAGCAAAUGGUUUUGCCUAAUGUGUAUCUGGCUUUGCAAAACGUGAAGCUGCAUUCAGAUUGUGAUCUUUCUGAACUAGAAAGCCUAGAGUUGGUUGCUCCUCUGCCUUCAUACAUGCAAAGAAGUUGGGAUAUUACAAAUUCUUAAGCUACAACGAGAAUUUUCGAAGCUUUCUUAUUUAUUUAAUUAUAUUAUUACUGUUUGAUUCAA